CUGGUUCUAAUCCUAAUCAAGUAUUUGAAGUACAUGGAACUGUUACACGUAGUCGAUGUGUUACUAAUGGUCAUAUUUAUGAUUUUCAAGGAGAAACAAAUCUUCCAAGAAAAUCUCCAAGAUGUCAUAUAGAAGGUUGUAAUUCUACUUUACGUCCUGAUUGUGUAUUAUUUACAGAAAGUUUACCUAGAGAUCAAUGGAUGGGGGCAGAAAUGGCAACAAGAAAAUUAGAAUCUGGUGAUGUAAUGAUUAUUAUUGGUACAUCUGCUCAAGUAUAUCCUGCUGCUGGAUUACCAGAAUUAGCAGCACGAAGAGGUGCAACAUUAAUCGAUGUGAAUCUAGAAAGAACAAAUUAUUCGAAAUUAGAAAAUUAUGAAUAUUUGGGAGGUACUGCUGCAACUACUUUACCAGCACUUGUUAACAGAGUGCAACAAAUCAAGAAAACAGGCGGCAAUGUUGAAUCAAUCGAAGAUUUGAAACAUUCUUUAUGA